AGGUGCGCGAGCUGCGAGAUGUGAUGACCUGCCUGACAGCUCUCGAAGCUCAACCUAUCAUUUGAGCAGGACAGGACUUGGGAGGAAGAAAGAGGGAGAGCCCGAGAGAGUGAGAGAGAAUUCCGGUGUAAACUAAUCGCUGUCUGGAUUGGCACACAGGGAUUUUGGACAACUUCAAAUAUCCUCUUCCCUUCACCUGCAACAACCCGAGGAGAGGAGCCUGGGGACAACCAGCGCCCCCUGGGGAGCCGGAGUGUGGGCCAUGAAGCACAUGUCAAUCUCCAGAUGGCUGAGCCAGCUGGGCCUGCCACAGUACUGCCCGCUCUUUGACGACGAGUAUGACGGAGUGGAGGACAUUCUGCAUCUGACAGAGCUGGACCUGCUGGAGUUGGGGGUCCACAACCAUGUCCACCGCAUUCACAUCCUGUCCAGCAUCCAGCUGAUGCAGGAGAGGGAGAGGAGGAGAGAGCUGAGGAUGAUGGCGGAGGGCAAGUUUGCCAGCCUGCCGCGCAAUAUGCACGUGGGCCGGCACGGCUGCCCGCUGGCCUCCUCCAUGGACCUGCUGAGCUCCAGGGUGCCCGCCGCCGUCAUGGCCGACCACCACCUGCCGCACGGUGGCACCAGCGAGAGCUACCAGGGCUUCUCCAUCCACGGCACGCUGCCCCGCAAGAAGAAGGGGGUACCCGCUACAGCGUCUUCUCACACAGGGGGUGUGAGGCCCUGGGUGGAUCAUGGGUAUGGUGGCGGGCACGCCACUCUGCCACACCCCUCCAGUGCCCAUGCCCACUCGCGUGCCCGCCUGCCCACCUCGCCGCUCAUACACAAUGUUAUCGAUGAGCACCGGCCGCUACAUAUGCUGAGGGAUGCCCAGUGCCCAGUCUACAGGGACCCCUGCAGCAUGGACCCUACCUUGGAGUAUGUCAAGUUCUCCCGGGACAAGUACAUCAUGGACGGCCCCCCGGAGAAGCUACGCAAGGAGCUGGAGGAAGAGCUGAAGCUGGCCAGCGAGGAGCCCCGCAGUCACGCCUGGUACCACGGAGCCAUCCCCAGACAGGUGGCAGAGAACCUGGUGCAGAGGGACGGUGACUUCCUGAUCCGCGACUCGCUGUCCAGCCCCGGCAACUACGUGCUGACGUGCCAGUGGAAGAACAGCCCGCAGCACUUCAAGAUCAGCAAGCGCGUGGUGGCGCUGAACGAGGCCUACUCGCGCGUGGAGUACCUGCUGGAGAAGGAGGGCUUCGACAGCGUGCCCGCCCUGGUGCGCUCCUACGUGGGCAACCGCCGGCCCGUCUCCGAGGUGGUGGGCGCCAUCAUCUUCCAGCCCAUCAACCGUGGCCUGCCGCUACGCUGCCUGGAGGAGAAGUACGGCAUCGGGGCCCUGAGGCAGCAGGAGGUCCACUCGGGAGACAGGAAGAGCCAGACCUCCAAACGGCUCAGUCUGAAUAUCCUCAACGGCCACGGGCAGGACCAGGUGCUGAGCCGGGGGAAUCUACUCAGCAACAAGGACAAGUGCGGAAGCCAGCCUGCCUGUCUCAACCACGUUCAGGACAGACGCCGGCCCCUCAAGACACACCAGUCUGAGAGCUUUCUGCCCCUUGGUUCUAGGCCCCAGGUCCAGAUCCCGCACAUGGACCUCCCUCCCAGCCCCAAGUCGCCCGUCUUCCGCACAGGUAGCGAGCCAGCCCUGAGCCCCACCGUACCCCGCAAGAUGGCGCUAGACCCCCGCUGCGCCGGAGACGCCGCCGCCAUCCGCGGAUCCGACAGCCAGCUGUGCCCCAAGCCGCCCCCCAAGCCCAGCAAGGUGCCCGCCACGGGCAUCCCACGCUCCCCACGCCUGCAGCACCUCACCCCUCCUCCGCCCUUACCUCCACAGAAGCCCCAGAAGGAACAUAUGCUACAGAAGAUCCAGCAGCAGCAACAGCACCUGGGCUCCUCCUCCUAUGGGCCUGAGGUCAACUACUGUGAGCUAACCCCAUGUGGCCAGGCUGACUGGGAGAGGAUCAAUGGACAGCAUCAGCACCAGCAGCAGCAGCAGCAGCAGCAUCACCACCACCAGGGUCUGGAGAGCAGUGGAGGCAGCACGGCCACACUGUGCAGCAACAGCAGCUACGUGGACCGGCUGAGGAGGGACGAGGACAAGAGGAGCACCUCCAACAUCAGUAUCCCCACCAACAACAACACCCUCACAGAGCCUCCCACCAAGCUGGACCGCAGCUCGUACCAUCACGCCAUCGAGGCCCUGGAGAACGGGAGCGAGGACGAGGAGGAGUAUGACGUGGAAGAGGAAGAUCUGGAAUACGAGGUAGAGAAGAACGGAGGAGAGUACGAAGAGGAGGAUGCGGAGGUGGAGGAGAAGUCCUGGACGUUCCGGCGGCCCGUGUUCGAGACGGAGUCGGCGUUCCGGCCGGGCGAGACCAAGUUCCGUCUGCUGCCGACGGUGGAGAACAAGCCGCUGGAGAUGACGGUGCUGAAGAGGAGCAAGGAGCUGGUGGUCAGCAAGGAGCCCCGCGUCAUCGCCAGACACCUGCUGCUGGCCGACUGCCAGGUCGCCAGGACGUUUGGUGUUUCCGAGGACAUGAAGUGCCAAAUGGGUGUGGCCUCUGGCCUGGAGCUGGUGACCCUCCCUCAUGGAAGACAACUGCGCCAGGACCUCAUGGAACGGCACCACACCAUGGCCAUAGCGGUGGCGGUGGACAUCCUGGGCUGCACGGGGAGCCUGGAGGAGAGGGCCUCCACCCUGAACCGCAUCAUCCUGGUGGCCCUGGAGCUGAAGGACUCUAUGGGGGACCUGUACGCCUUCUCCGCCAUCAUGAAGGCCCUGGACAUGCCCCAGAUCACACGGCUGGACCACACAUGGACCAUCCUGAGGAGGAAGUACACCCAGACGGCCAUCAUCUACGAGAAGUCCCUCAAGCCCUUCUACAAAGGCCUGUACGAGGGGGCAGUGGAGACUCCAGCUAAGAGCACAACCCUGCCGCUGCUGCUGCCCCUGUUGACGCUGAUGGAGCGGCCGGCCGUGGCCUUCGAGGGCAUGGAGCUGUGGGAGAGCAACGACCAGGGCUGCGACAUCAUGCUGCGCCACCUGGAGGGCGCCCGCGCCAUGGCACACCACGCCGACAUCUACACCGCCAACGCAGAGACAGUGCUCCAAGACUUCCAUCCUGACGAGGACCUUCUGGAGCUCUUCAGGACGGACUUCCAGCUGCGUCUGCUGUGGGGCAGCCGGGGGGCUUCUGUGAACCAGGCCGAGCGCUACGACAAGUUCAACCUCAUUCUCACAGCGCUGUCCAGAAAACUGGAGCCCCCGGUCAAACACACCGAGCUCUAAUUCACACUCGGGGCCUACAGCUACAACUCUGUGUCUCCCUCCUCCUACGCAGGACAGCCAGUAGGCUGGAGCUGGGGCUGGGGCUGGGGCUGGGGCUUUAUUAUGUCUUGUUAACCAACAGUUACUGCAGGGCCUGUAAAUGAGUGGAAAUUCGCUAAUGAAGGGCUGGACUCAUGGGACUGGAGAUUGUGCCCUGGACACGGACUCGAAGAGCUGGAAACAGCCAGCCAGCAUGAGGGAAGAGCCUCAGGGUUGGUGGGUGUUUCCAGCAGGUCUCUGUGAAGUUGGGACAUUUUUGCUCACGUGUUUUGUAUAGUGUUUGUGGACAGUGUUCAUCAUGACCUCUCGGGUCUACUUCAGAGCAGAGAGAAGAGAAAUGAUUGGUGCCAUGGUUGAGUUCUGAAGAACCAUGCAGUGACACUUGACACUCAAGCACACCUCCUGAGCUUAGAAGGACUUGGACUUGACAGUGCUCUAGCAUGAUUGUGAAGUCACGUCGAAGAAGUAUAUUCAUGUACAAGUGAAAACUUUGGUGAAUCCCAGUGUUGAUGUGUGAAACACAGCAAUGACAAGGACAUGUACUGUAUGUAGUAAGUAUUGGUCCCUUUAUGAAGGGGAAGGUUGUACAGGAAAAUAGUUUGAGGAUCAGCGGGACUGUGUGUAGAAAACCAAACUGGCAGUGCCACAUGACGAUAUGCAGAAACCACUGCUCAACUGGAUCAAAAUCUAGAUGGUGAUCUGGGGCCUCAUGUACUUGGUGUGGAUGUCCUGCUGAAUCUUUGUGUAUGUGAAAACCUGAAAAGACACGUUCAUCAGAAAAAUCCAGAUGUAUCAAUCCAUACAUAAAGAGGUUAUCACACAUGUUCUCGUGGUAUAUCUGAUUUCACGUGAAAUUCAGCACAUGAUUGUGCACUUUUUCAUGUUACGUCAGUAUCUUUGUACUGUGUAUGCGUGAGAAGUUAUGUACGUAGCUUUUUUUUGUGUGUGUGUAAGAUUUGUACAUGAGGCCCCUGGUCUUAACCCACUGGAUAUCUGGUGCAUUUUCUAUUCUAUGGAAGUUUUCCAUGCAUAUUGACAAGCAGUGUGUUUGGUUUACCAUACAUGGGUCUGGUGCGUGAUCUGCUUUAAGUAGGUUGUGUCGAUCUGACAUGCGAAGGUGUAAAUAUAUUGGUUUAAUAACGUAAGCAUGUUAAUGCAAGACUGUAAUAUAUAUUUUUUUUCUUAAUAUUAUUGACUUGUAAAUAGAGCCUCAUAAUUUUAAUAUCUUUAUAUGGAAGUAUUGUGACAUGAAUAGGUCAAGAGAAGUUUAAAUAAAACUACUUUUUAACUCUCGUUUCCCUUCUUGUAUUCUGGAGGGGGACGUCUUCAAAUGCUUUGACAGAACGGUAUGUUCUCAAAAACAACCAAUUAAAAAAUCUUUGGAAAACUGAUAA